CACCCUCUCUCUCUCUCAAAUUUCUUUUUCUCUCUCUUCUACCGGACUCCUGAGAUGAGAGAGAGUGCUUUGAUUUGAGAGUCCCCUCUCUCUCUCUCUUCUCUCUUUCUCUCUCUUGUUUUGCUUCUGCAGUUUACCAUGUUAUCAUGUUCUGCAGAGCACCGUACACGCAGAUACAGAGCUUCUGCAAAUGGGUACCUCUCUCUCUUUCUUCUUACUUCUUCGGCUCUCAUCCUCUCUUCCACAGCUUGCUCUAACGCUAAUUGCCAGCUUCUAGACUCGUGUUCUGCGGCCACCGACUGUGGACCUGGUCUCUACUGUGGCAACUGCCCUUCAAUGAGUAAAAAUCAACCCUUCUGCACCAGAGGCCAAGCUACAGUACCCACUUCCAUUAUCAAUGGGUUGCCAUUCAACAAGUAUUCAUGGCUUGUGACACAUAAUUCAUAUUCAAUUGUUGAUGCUCCGUUACUGACUGGUGUUCAGAGACUUACAUUCUUCAAUCAAGAGGACACUGUUACUAAUCAAUUGAGAAAUGGAGUGAGGGGACUGAUGUUGGACAUGUACGACUUCGAGAACGAUAUCUGGCUCUGCCAUUCAUUUAAUGGACAAUGUUUCAACUUCACCGCCUUUCAACCUGCAAUUAACACUUUGAGGGAAGUGGAAGCAUUCUUAACAGAAAACCCAACUGAGAUUGUGACAAUUAUAAUUGAAGACUAUGUGCGAACCCCAAAAGGGUUGAUAAAUUUGUUCAUAAAUGCGGGGUUAGACAAGUAUUGGUUUCCAGUGUCUAAAAUGCCCCAAAAGGGCGAGGAUUGGCCCACUGUGACCGCUAUGGUCCAGGAGAACCACCGGUUACUGGUUUUCACUUCUAUCGCUUCGAAGGAAGCAGAAGAAGGAGUUGCUUAUCAGUGGAAGUACAUGUUAGAAAAUGAAUAUGGAGAUAAUGGUGUGGUACAAGGAUCUUGCCCAAAAAGAAAGGAAUCACGUCCGUUGAAUUCAAGGGGUGCAUCUCUCUUUCUAGAGAAUUACUUCCCCACAGACCCGGUUCAAGCCGAUGCUUGUAAAGAGCAUUCAGCUAUACUUGCUAAUAUGGUUGGUACAUGUUACAAAGCAGCAGGGAAUAUGAUGCCCAAUUUUUUGGCAGUGGACUUUUACAUGAGGAGUGAUGGAGGAGGUGUUUUUGAUGCUUCGGAUCGAAUGAAUGGCCAGGCAUUGUGUGGGUGCAGUUCUGUUACUGCUUGCCAGGCGGGAGCACCUUUUGGAGUUUGCAAAAGCAUUCCCGUAUCUAACGGAACUCAACCAACCUAUGCUCCUGGAACUUUUUCUGGAUCUGUGCAGUUAUCAGGAUCUUCUUCAACAGCUCAUGUUCCAAGUCCCAUGGUUUUCUGCUUCUUCUAUCUUGCGUCAAUGCUGUUUCUAUAAUAAACUAAAAUGGAGUUCUCUGAGGUAGAUGGUUAGUGAGUUACGCCCUUAAGUGUGGGCUUCUAGUAUGUUAGUGCUUAAAUUUUGGAGGUAGAAUACGUAUACCACAGGCUUGCUUUGGAGAGUUAAAGGUCAAGAAUUGCUGGCUACAUAUGUAUGACAUGAUUGAAAAAGUGAUUGAAAGUUCUAUUCAGACAAAAGAAGUUGCAUAGGAAUUUGAGGUCAAAAGCUGCUGAAAGAGACCAAAUAGAUACCAGCAUGUGGUUCAGGUUUUCCGAUGGAGCAUUCAAGGCUGGCUUUUUUUAAUAUGUAAUUGCAGCAAAUAGUGGAAGAAUGUAAUGGUUUCAUCAACAGAGGUGCUCCUAUUGUCAUUAUGCAUUGUUUUUUUAAUAUGCAUGUAUGGUUUGAUUUUAUACACCAAAUUGGAUCAUCAUUUUGUGCUUUCAACAUAUUAGAUAGUAGCAGUAUAUAGUUGUUCGAUGCAUUGAA